CCCACAGACGGCCCUUUCCUCGGGGCCCCGCCUGGUGCCAGCCACCCCACCCGCGGGCGGACUGCGCCUGGAAGCCGUCAUGGAAGCCCUGCAGAGGCAGCAGGCAGCCCGCCUGGCCCAGGGGGUGGGGCCAUUGGCCCCUCCACGCCCAUCGCCACCACGGCCUCCCUUGCCUGGCCUCCGGAUUCUGCAGGCCCCAGAGAGGGCCUUGGGGGAGGUUGGGGCUGAGGAAGAGGAGGAUACUGAAGAGGAUGAGGAGGGGGAGGAAGCCCGGGCCGAGGAAGAGGCAGCUGAGGAGAGUCGUCCAGGAACCCGGGGCCCCAGCUCACCUUCUGGCCAGCCCCCUGGACCUCAGCCCCAUGAGUGGACCUACGAGGAACAGUUCAAGCAGCUGUACGAGCUCGAUGCAGACCCCAAGAGGAAGGAAUUUCUGGAUGACCUGUUUAGCUUCAUGCAGAAGAGGGGGACACCAGUGAACCGCGUGCCCAUUAUGGCGAAGCAGGUGCUGGACCUGUACGCGCUGUUUCGCCUGGUGACAGCCAAAGGCGGCCUGGUGGAAGUCAUCAAUCGCAAGGUGUGGCGGGAGGUCACACGCGGCCUCAGCCUGCCCACCACCAUCACGUCGGCCGCCUUCACUCUACGCACUCAGUACAUGAAGUACCUGUACCCAUACGAGUGCGAAACUCGGGCGCUCAGCUCCCCCGGGGAGCUCCAGGCCGCCAUCGACAGCAACCGGCGCGAAGGCCGUCGUCAAGCUUACACAGCCGCUCCGAUCUUCGGCUUGGGCCGCCCGCCCCUUCGGAGCACCGCUGGCCCCGCCUCAGGUCCUGGCUCCGCCCUGCUCGCGCCCACGCCGGGUGCCCGCCCAGCCCAGGGCUCCGCCUCCGGUCUGCCGGCGCACGCCUGCGCGCAGCUGAGCCCAAGCCCUAUUAAGAAAGAGGAGAGUGGAAUUCCAACCCCUCGACUGGCACUGCCUGUGGGCCUGGCCUUGGGACCUGCGCGGGAGAAAUUGGCACCAGAGGAGCCUCCAGAGAAGAGGGCUGUGCUGAUGGGGCCCAUGGACUCACCUCGAUCUGGUGCACACCACGGUUUCCUGCCCCAUGGCAAGGUUCCCUUAAGCGAAGAGCGGCUGGAUGGGCCUCUCAAUCUGGCAGGCAGUGGUAUCAGCAGUAUCAACAUGGCACUAGAGAUCAACGGGGUGGUCUACACUGGCAUCCUCUUUGCCCGCCGUCAGCCUGUGCCAGCUUCCCAGAGCCCAACUAACCCUGCACCCCCAACCCCUACAGGACCCGCUUCCAACACCUCACCCUGAGAGCUCUCACUUGGAAUUAAGAGUCCCAGCCCAUUGCUGGGGGGAGGGGUGGGAGACACCCUCUCCACCUUUAUUCUUCCAGGGGGCCCACCCUAGGACCCAACCCUGGGAGGUGACCACUACACCCCUCAUGGACUUGAAGCCAAAGAAUUUUCUUUUGAUGUUACAUCUACCUCAUUGUAAAGGGAGGGCACUUCCUCUCUGACCAACUCCAGCAUCUACCAAGGAGCCCUGCCUCCAAUGCCCCGUGUGUCAAUGUCAUCUCUAGGACCCUACCUCUUGGAGUCAGACCUGCUUCUUCUCUUCAGGAGCCAGAUGAAGGGUUGGGUUGGGGACUUGUGAAGGAGGUGUCCCUCAGGUCAUGUCUGGGUAAUAAAGCUGCAUUUCCUCCCUCUCCAGUGCCUCUUUUACUUGUUUGGAUCUGGGGGAUGGGAAGGAAUGGUGUGGUAUACACAGGCUGCGUUAAGCCAGGAGUUCUCACAGGGAAGACAAAAUAACAGAGGUCCGUGAGAGUAGAAGAGUUUGGUCUCAUGAAUCAGACUGCCCGAGUUCAAAUUCUGAUUCUGCCACUAUAGUACUGAGAUGCCCUCGGCAAGACACUUAAUCGCUUGAACCUCAUUAGACUCUAAAAGAUUAUGGUAUUUCACAGGGCCUCUUAUUGAUCUAUGGGAAUGGACCAGCCGUGGAUUAAUGGGUGUAUUUAUAUGCGCAACCUCGGGGAAUGAGGUGGGGAAACCUCUUUGGUAUCCUAAAAUUAGAAGAAGAAAUGCAAAGGUGGUCUUGACAAACAGGAGCUGGGAUAGCGCAGAGCCUGACAGUUAGCCGUUGCCUAGGUAACCAGACAGCUUUAGACAACUUUC